AUGCUACUGGCCAACAACACGAGAGAGGAGCCUCUCGCGGCAUUCACGAUGGGCGAAUCAUCUCAGGAACUCGAGGAGAACAAGAAGAAUGAAGCUGAAUCCAUCACGAUCCCUUGUGUGAUGAUGUGUCUGCGUGAUGUGAGAGAGCUCUUCCAGAAAUUUCCCCCGUCCGUCAAGACCGGAGAGCUCAGUUUCGAGAUUUUGCAGCGGGAAGAGGGAAAUGCAGUUGCGGAGACGUGUUUGAGAGUACAGAGGGAGCUGCAUAACGCAGCUGAAGCUGGGAAAGGAUGGAAGGCGAUCAAACGCACGACGACGUCCAUCAUCAAGAUGUUGGAGCCACAUAAUACGCCAGCAUCGGAUGACAUGGCCGAAGAAGUUCCGAGUUCGCUGUAUCCUGCCGGAACUGGAGAGCUGGACGCAGUGAAAAGCGAGAGUGACACUGUAAUAACCCGAGAACAGCAGCCACCGCUGCUUGCAUUCGUCCAGUGGGCCACCAGUGCUUCCACCUACGAGAUUUGCUUUGCUCCGCUAGCCGAUUUCUGUUGGGCAAUUGCUGGUGCAUCGUACACUGGGAAAUUGGUGGCGUGUGACCCGCUGCUUGCCGACAAGCCACUCAUUAAUGCACGAGAACUGAGUGGAGCUGUCGCUCUGUUGCGACGGGGGUCCUGUUCCUUUCCGGAUAAGCUCGAGCGUGUACAACGUGCCGGAGCCGUGGCCGCCAUCGUGUGCAAUGACGACGAAGUAGAUCCGGACACAGCCUUCGUCAUGAGUGUAGACCAGAUUGACGCCGCCAACGCCAAGCUACCGGCUGUGAUGAUUCCUCACACUAUUUUCUUACGAAUCCAACCAGCUGUGAACGUCACUACCGCAAGAAUUCUGUGUCUAGCUGGGGAAGCGGCUGAUGAACUGUUUGCAUCCAGUGGGAAGGUUGUGUCGUUCAGAAGCUUGCCAAUGCCAUCACGGAAGGACGGAGAAAGCUGUGACGAUGCCUCUGAUCUAGUUUUCAAUUUGCACGUGGCCUGCCGUGAUGGAGACCAUGCUGCCUGUCAGCGAGUACUUGCCAGUGUGGAGGGGAAGGAGGCGAAACGCCAACUCGUGAACGCGGCGUGCGUCUCGAAUGGGUUGUCAGCACUGCACCACGCAUGUGCAGGUGGGAACGACAACGUGGUGGAGCUGCUGCUGCAGCUGGGAGCGACCCCCGAUGUUGUGGAUCUGGCAAUGCAGACUCCUUUACAUGUUGCAUGUGCUAACAGUCACGUGGAAUGUGCUCGCUUACUACUUCGCGCUGAAUCCUCUGCACCCCUAGUGCCUGCAGUGCUGUACAAUGUGGACGAAGAGUACGGCGGACUCCCAACGCGACGAGAUAUUGGCGGGGGAACUGCGAUGCAUGAAGCCGCUCGUGCUGGAUCGUCAGUGUGCGUGGAAUUGCUACUAAGUGCCAACGCACGAGUGGAGAAUGCGACGGAUGGAGCAACAGACAAGUAUGUUUUUCUUGGCGUUAGUGCCGCUGACGUGGAAGGAAGGACGCCACUUCAUUUGGCGUGUGCGAACGCUCACACGGAGAUGGUCGAAGAGGAGACGAACAGUGGGAGUCUGUUGCUGGAUCGAAUUGAGUCGCCGGAUCUUCGACGUGAUUUGGAGGUUUUGUAUCUCCGCCACGAAGCUCACAAGGCAAGACAGAGGAGUUUUGAACUCGGAAAGGAGAACGAAGCAGUAACAAAUCGCAUCCUGGCGUUGAAAGACGAACUUACUACCCUUCGCGGUAAGGUAAGUAGCCACGACGGCUAUGAAAUUCAGAUUCAGCAGCUCCAGCUGCAAAUGCAAAUGAUCCUACAGUUCCAGACCAGCUACGGACCGCAAUCUGCCUCGGUCGUUCAGGAUGCAGCAGUCACUCCGCUUCUUGCAGCGAUCUUUGGAGACACAACGAGGAAAAGUGACGAGGAAUUGGCUCUAGAUGCAGCACUCGCUCGUGAUUUGGGCAAAAAGUGUCUCCGACAGCGUCAAAGUGUACUGGCCCAAAAAUAUUUUCACCGAUCACUCGAGCUGAUGCCCCUGCCAGGUGUAAAUCGACUGCUGGCCGCUGCUCGAAACGCGCAUCACGAUGACCCGACAGGCACUUUCACAGCUGCAACGUCUGCCGUUGCUGUUCCUCACACGAACGCAUUGAGUUUAGCAUCGUCAUGUUGUGAUAAAGCCACCAAGAUCCAGCAAUUAGAGGCACUUGUGCACAAGACGAAUGCAACGUCGCAGGCUCGUACUAUGCUGGACGGUGAAGUGAACAAGCUAAAAGGUAUCUCGAAGCAUGAUGAUGCAGAGUUCGCUCUCGCUUGUCGUUGGGUGGAAUGGCUUCUGGUGCUUCCUUGGGGAGAGCUCAACUCUGGGCUGCAGACCGAGAAGUUAUACGCUACAAAGCGAAAAGAGUUUCAACAUUUAGAUGCGAUUGAUGCCAGGCGCGUUGAGGCUCAUCGACGCCAAGCUGCACGGACGAUCCAGCACCACGAUCCGGGGAAAACUUGCUCGACUGCAUCGCCAAGUAGCCAACCAGCAGCUUUUGGAAUCUCAGGAUCAACGAACGACUCCAUUCGGGAGCCAGCAGGAUGGAAGAGAAGCCGCGACACUGUCGAACGUAAACUACGCGACCACAAUCGACCCCUCGAUGCAGAAGAAACUGCCCCACCAGUAUCGCGUCGAAGAGCUGAUCGUUGGGAACCUCUUUUCGCCUGGCCAGCAGGUUAA